UGUUUUUUUUAGGGUUGUUAUUGAGAAAUUUUUUUUAAUUGAAGUGAAAUAAUUUUUAGUCAUGAGUGUGUUUUUAUUUAUUAAUUUUUUCUGGGUUGUUGUAAAUCUUAACAAUUUUUCAAAAUUUUUUUGGAUUUCUUUUUAAAAUGGGUAUUUUUCCUUUCAUCUUUAACUAAAUUUAACUAAUUUGCUCAAUAACUUUAAUAUUUUUGGGAUUUUUUGAGGGAAUUUUUGGGUUGUAUUUUGCUGAUUUUACUCUUGUCUUAAAUUAGAAUUAUGGAAGUUAGAUUUUUUUCACUUUUAAUGAUACUUGGAAUCGAAAAUUAUACCAGACACAUGAAUGUGUCCAAGUGGCUUUUAUUUUAAUAAAAUUUUUAAUUUUCAAUGUUUUUGAUUCAAAAUUAAUGGUCAAAGUAUUCAAACCCAUGUCAGAGUAUCGAGAGUCCAACACGGUACUUAGGUAUUUGGAGCUACACAUUAUGCAUCCAUCACGAGAUAGAUUACCAAGACCUGUUGACAUAUCCUCAUUACUGCAAAAUGCUGAACGCCAAGUUGAUCUCGUAGUAGACGAACCCGGGUUACGGUGGAUGGGAUUAUCAACCCAAAAUGUAUCAACAGGACAAAGUAGUGGUGACAAUGUUAAAUCAAAUAAGCAAAGGGCUGGAUUACAAAGAAUACGACACCGUCGUCGGUAUAUGAAUAGAUCAUUGGUUGGUAAAGAGAAUCAAAGGCCAAGAAGUGUAAAAAAAGGGCAUGGAAGCAGUAUUUUGCCUUCUUGGUACCCUAGAGUACCUUUAAGGGAUAUUACUGCUAUUGUUAGGGCUAUUGAGAGGAAAAGGGCCGAACUACGUGACCAUCAGACGUUGGAAACUCCUCAGCAAGAAGCCGAGGCUUCAACAUCCAACAGCCAACCUGAUGAGAAGAGCAUCUCAACAACCAAACCUGAAGCAUGUAAAGUUAGGGAUAGAAAUGCUGAUCAUAAAGGGAAAGAAACCGCUGACAUCUUCACUCCACGGAAGAGAUUACUUGGCUCAAUUGACAAGGUGAGGCAUAUUUGGUUGGAAGAUCAGCGGAAACUAGAGAAGACACCUGCAGCUAAAAAGGCAGAGAGGCAGAAAAUGGUGCGCGUUUUAAUGUCAAUGCGAUGAAAUAACAACGCCCAAGGAGAUUCAAGGACAUGGAAUCUUAGCAAGAGACUUUCGGCAAUCUGUGAUGAUCAUUAUAUUGCCUGGCUAAGUUAUAUGCACAGAUUUAGAGUGCAGAAUUCAUUGCUGCAAAUAGGAGACCUGGUUACUGGUUAGCCUCUGCUAACAAUUUUGGUACAUUCAGGCUCUACUUUUAACUUAUCAAAACCAUAGGCUAAUUUAUGGUUUUAGUGUAGGACUAUUAGCUCACUCUUCAUGUACAUAACUGGUAAAAACAACGCCUUUUCUAAGGCUUUUAUUGCAUAUGCAUGUAUAUUAUUAUGUUUUUGUUUAA